AUGAAGAGUAAAAAAGUUCCAAGUGGAGAAGAAGUAAGACAAAAGAAGACCGUGGGAUUUUUAAGUCAAGUAUGUGUCCUCCUUUUCUUUUUUGGAGGCGAGGUGUAUUGCCAAUAUGAAACUGAUCAGUGGGCUGAAGACUAUGUUCAAGAGCCAGAUGAUGCCUAUCAACCAGAAUUCCAGUUUCAUCAAAAUGUAGACUACAGAAUUCCUUUUCAUCAGAAUACUUUAGUCUGUGCCAAUGAAUGCUUUUGUCCACCUAAUUUUCUAUCAUCAAUGUACUGUGAUAAUCGCAAACUCAAGAUUAUCCCAAGUAUUCCAAUGCACAUUCAGCAGCUCUACCUUCAGUUUAAUGAAAUUGAAGCUGUGACUGAAAGCUCAUUCAUUAAUGCAACUCAUCUUAAAGAAAUUAAUCUUAGCCACAACAAAAUUAAAUCUCAGAAGAUUGAUUAUGGUGUAUUUACUAAGUUUUCAAAUCUACUACAACUUCAUCUAGAACAUAAUAAUCUAGAAGAAUUUCCAUUCCCUCUUCCUAAAUCUUUGGAAAGACUCCUUCUUGGUCAUAAUGAGAUCUUUAGACUGCAGACAAAUGCCAUGGAUGGGUUAAUAAACUUGACCAUGCUUGAUCUUUGUUAUAAUCACUUGCAUGAUUCCAUGUUCAAAGAAAAUAUCCUUUGCAAAAUGGAAAAACUGAUGCAGCUCAACCUAUGUAGUAACAGAUUAGAAUCAAUGCCUUCUAGUUUACCUUCUUCACUUAUGUAUCUGUCUUUAGAAAACAACUCAAUUUCUUCUAUACCAGAAAAUUACUUCAAGGAACUUCCAGAACUUCGUGCUGUACGAAUGUCACACAACAAACUACAGGAUAUUCCAUAUAAUAUAUUUAAUAUUUCCAACCUUAGAGAGCUCAAUGUUGGACACAAUGAACUGAAGCAAUUAUUCUAUAUUCCAAGAAAUUUGGAACACUUAUACAUAGAAAACAAUGAAAUUGAAAAUAUUAAUGCUACAGUGAUAUGUCCAACUGUUGACCCACUGCAAUACUACCAUUUAACAUACAUUCGUGUGGACCAAAAUAGGCUAAAAGAGCCAAUAAACUCAUACAUUUUAUUCUGUUUCCCUCACAUGCACAGUAUUUAUUAUGGUGAACAAAGAAACACUAAUGGUCAAACAAUACAUCUGAAGACCCAAGUUUUCCGAAGGUAUCAGGAGGAUGACAGUGAUGAACAUGAUGAUCAACAAAAUAACUUUGAAAGUCAAGAGCAAGAAGGAACAGAAGAAAAUUUUGAUCUUCAUUAUUAUGAAAUUCAAGAAUGGCAGGAAAAUAUUUAG